CGAGCCGCGCCGCGGCCAGCGCAGCCCGAGCGAGCGGCGGAGAGCUGACGCCGCGCCGGCCCUGCGCCGCGGCCCGCCCGGCAUGGAGGCGGAGUGCCGGGUGCUCUCCAUCCAGAGCCAUGUCGUCCGCGGCUACGUGGGCAACCGGGCGGCCGCGUUCCCGCUGCAGGUUUUGGGAUUCGAAAUUGAUGCAGUGAACUCGGUCCAGUUUUCCAACCACACAGGCUACACCCACUGGAAGGGUCAAGUGCUGAACUCAGAUGAACUCCACGAGCUUUAUGAGGGCCUGAAGCUGAACAAUGUGAACAAAUAUGAUUACGUGCUCACAGGGUACACAAGAGACACGUCAUUCCUGGCCACGGUGGUGGACAUCGUGCGGGAGUUGAAGCAGCAGAACCCCAGCCUCGUGUACGUGUGUGAUCCUGUGAUGGGUGACAAGAGGAACGGAGAAGGCUACAUGUACGUCCCGCGGGACCUCCUCCCAGUUUACAGAGAAAAAGUGGUGCCGGUUGCAGACAUCAUCACCCCCAACCAGUUCGAGGCCGAGUUACUGAGCGGCAGAAAGAUCCACAGCCAGGAAGAAGCGUUAGCGGUGAUGGACGUGCUGCACUCCAUGGGCCCAGACACGGUGGUCAUCACCAGUUCGGACCUGCCCUCCCCGCGGGGCAGUGAAUACCUGAUCGCACUGGGGAGCCAGAAGAUAAGGAGGCCUGACGGCUCCGUGGUGACAGAACGCAUCCGGGUGGACAUGCUGAGGGUGGACGCCGUUUUUGUGGGCACCGGGGAUCUCUUCGCCGCCAUGCUCCUGGCAUGGACACACAAGCAUCCCAACAAUCUCAAGGUGGCCUGUGAGAAGACCCUGUCAGCCAUGCACCACGUCCUGCAGAGGACCAUCCAGUGUGCGAAAGCCCAAGCAGGGAAAGGACAGAAGCCCAGUCCAGCCCAGCUGGAGCUGCGGAUGGUCCAGAGCAAGAAGGACAUCGAGGACCCGGAGGUGGUCGUCCAGGCCACAGUGCUGUGAGGGCCCCGCGCACUGGCCCCACACACAGCAUGUUGGUAUCUGUUUUCGUCCCUGUGAAAAAUGUAACGUCUGCCUUAGAGCCACGACCGAAACUUGACAUUUUUUUCUUUCAUGAGUGUGCAGCAUCAACAGGUCUUAAUUGUGAAAAUGUGCCAGUGUGCUUUUUAAAAAAUAACAAAACAAUCACAGAAAUUUGUGAUUUGAAAACUCAGCUCCCCUCCCCUAAGGCACCAGGGCCUCCUGAGAACCAGACGGUGUUGACCGUCUCAGGGGUCCCACGUGGGUACGUGGUGGUGGGAGAGAGGCUGAGAGUGGGGCCUUCUAUCCCUCGGACCUGGUGUUGGGCCACUGGUUGCUGCUGCUGCUCCGUCCCUGCCCCGAGGGGCAGGGCCUGGGGGUAACACCUGUGUCUUUGCACCUCUGAGAAGGAGAGCUGGGUUUAACCACUGACGUCCGGGAGAAUUAUGCCAAAUAUCUUUAUGUCGUUCUAAUUCUACACUCUGUGCUUCUGCAUCAGAAUUUUUGUUUCUUAACUUGCUGUUCAUUAGGAACCUGGGGAUUUCAGACCCUGCGCUGUUGUUUAACAUAUGGAAAGGUUUAAUAGCAGCUUGCUCAGGUGCACACUGGUGCCGUGGUCACACUGGCAGGGACCUUUCCAGAGCCCAGCAAGUUCAAAUUGGUCUGCCAAACUUCACAGGUAGCAGCAGGAACUGCUGUAACUCAGGAGCAUCUUCUACGCAUUUGUGGAGCACCAUGAGGGAGACACUAGUUAAAAAUUUUUUUUAAAAAAAGGCUGAUGCUGGGCCAAGGACAGCUUGUGAAGUUCUGGACAAUGACCACGUGGCAUUCCUUGUGGCACGUCACCUAAUUUGUAGCUCGGUAGGUUAAGUACUGCGAGUUUGCCACAUACUUCUGGUGACAGUGCACUGCGCCACAGCGUUGUGCACAGGGACAGAGGACAGAGGUGGGCACUCUCCCCCUUCACUGGCAGAUUUAACCUCUCUUGCCCCUGCCCUCCCUCCACCCUCGGUACUACGUUCUCCUCCAGCCAAAGGGAGGCAAGAGGCCCCUUCGCAAAGCCAGUUGCAGAUCUCCACCCCCUUGGAAGUUCUACUCCCAGAGGGUAGGCUGUUGGCACAGUGGAUGGGCAGCUCUCAGAUCCCUUGGGAAGGCUGGGACAGCAAAGGCCACAGUGCUAGCUCUGACACAGUCCAGCUGUCCACUGCUCAGGUGACUUUGCUGGUCCUACUUGGUUCCCAGUUUGGAGUACCCCUAGGCAUGGGUGCAGGUGGGGAUGCCUGCCUAGAUCUCAGCACCCCCAAUCCCUGCACCUUGCUCCAGGCAGUGCACAUGUUUGCAUCUCCUGCAAACCCAUAGCCUGGAGAUAAACGGGGAGGCUGCAAGAAGUAGCGGGCCUUAAGUGGCCCCUAGGAAAGCAGACUCUCCAAGGGGUACCCCUGUCCCUUCACCCGCAGGUGGGCCCUCUCUCAGAGCCCACACCCUCUUUUAAUGCAGUUCCAGUAUCUCCCAGAAAGAUUCCCAUCUACUGGUGGUGCAUUCUUCAUUUUGUUGAAAAAUGCACUAAAAUGAAGAGGUGCUGGCCCACGUUGCAUUUGCCACACCAUUCCACCUUCCAGGCUCCCCACUUCACUCCCAUUCCGGAUGUCCUAACUUCUGCAUCUCCCAGGCAGCUGUGCUCAGGGUCAGGGUUGGUUGGCUCCCCUGUCACAGCCAGCGAAUCAGGGUGUGGGUUUCCCCGCCGUGUUUCAAGGUCCCGCAGACAUGGAUGGCAGCUCCUCCGCGCCCCAGGGCCCGUGGUCCUUGCAGGAAGAAGGAAGGCUGUGGCCGGUUGCCUGACAGAGAGGCAGCCUCUCCAACAGGCAAGCACAGGGGCCAGCCAAACUCAGGCUACAAGGCCUGUAGAGGACCCUUGACAGGAAAUACCAUCACAGCCAAGCAGAGACUAGGGGGCUCGGCCACAUUGCCAGCAACAGAAGAAGCUUUUUUUCCCUUCUUUAUUAAGAGCAAGUGUAGGACUGGGGAAGGAAAUGCAUCUCUUUUCAAUGAGACUAUGAAAAACUCUCCCUGAAAACGCAGCAUUGGUGUAGGGGCUGAUUCGGUGUGUGCAGCUGACUCUAAGGACAAGAUGCCAUGUGAACACAUGCUGCUCAAUUCUUCGCCCCUUAAAGGUUUCAUUUCAUAGGUUUUGUCCCACAUUAGGGUUAUUCUUUGACUUUCUAUAUUAUAUGUAGAACGAUGAGGAUCAUUCCACCCUCAAGAGCGUCCUGUAAAAUCGUGAACUCUGGCCCAUUCUGAAACUUUCUCUUCUGUCUUCUGUGGCUGUACUGCCCGGAGGCAAGGAGUAGUUGUAGCUUGUCAUGUGGCUAAGCAGGAGGGAUUUGGGGGUUUCUUUUAUUUUUUUGCGGCUGGCUGGUGCAGGGAUCUUAACCCAUUACCUUGGGGUUAUAAGGCUGCGCUUUAACCAACUGAGCUAACUGGCCAGCCGAUUUGGGGGGUUCUGAGUUCUGGUGCCCUUGUGGAGUGCGGGAUUUAUGUAGAAAUAAUGUGAGUUUCCACGAGAAGACAGUGCCCGACAUCCCCCCUCCACGAGCCAGGUGUUCUUCCACCGGGAUGUUGGUGGAGUCUGCACUGUCCUAGGCUUAUUUCCACGCAGACAUGUUCCAUCUCCAACUCAAGCAAUGGCCCUGGGCGAUCUUGGUUUACAGUUUCCCAUCCAGGAAGUUAACCAUGGGCAUUGGUGGGGGUGUUUGAUACAGCUUGGAUUCAAAUUAGAAUUAACCUUUGGUUUUGAUUUCCAUAGUUUAGAGACAUGCAAAAUAAUAAUAAUAACUUAUUUUACAAUGAAAGCAGUAUUAGCCCAGAAUUGCCUGCUGAUUAUCAGCGUACAGAAUUUUAAUACUUUCUUCAUCCAGUUUUUCAGAUCUUCUCUUGUAGACCUUAAGGAUGAAUUACAAAAUAUCCUUUUUUUAAUCAAUUUUAAAUCAUUACCUAGUCCAGCUAGGGUAAUUGUGUGCAUCUAGUUAUAUUUAUAAUACAUGUCAUUUGUAAAAAUGAUGCUUUGUUGAAUGUCCUAUUAAACUUGUUAGAAACAAUUUUUAAAAUGUUUAAUUUUAUGGUGGACCAAACCAGGCAUGGCUUUACUGCACUGAUGAGUAGAUGAGGAUUUUUUUAGUGUUGGGAAAAGUGGGUAAAAAUGCUGCCUGCAUCCAGGCUUCGAGUCUAGGUAGAGCCACGUGGCACCAGACUCGCUGAAUGUUUUCUUUCCACCACACAUCCCUCUGGCAGGCUUCCAGUCGUCCCACAUGGCUCCUUGCACUAGGACUCCCUGGAGAGCUGGCUCCCUUGUCCAUCCAAGGAGCAGGUUGGCUGGGUGCUGACCACCAGAGCCAAGUGGGCACUCAGAAGGACCCCAGGACCUGGGCAGGGUGGCUCUGGAAGGUCAGGCCUGCUGCCCAAAGAUCAAUCAUUAGCCCUAAGCCAGGGAAGCCUUGAACUUGGUCCCCAGGAUGUGGGUGGACAUCAUCCCCCCCCCCCCAGGGCUCCCAGCAUGGUGGAGGAGGGUCCGUGCACAUGCAGUCUUGUAGAUUGGGCAGAGCUGGGCAUGUGUGUGUGUGUUGCAUGUCAGAGCUAUGGUCACUUUCUGCUGACAGGUGCAGCAUCUGACAGGCAGAUGCUGGCUGGCAGUCCAUUUCUUAUAGUCAGCGCUGUGGUUUCUGCGCACUUCCUGCUCCUACCUGCAGGCGUUGCAGUGAGGCCAGUGGAGCCCAGGUGGUGGCGAGCUGUGGGGACCCCACCCUGUGCCCACCACCCUGGUACAUUAAACAUGAGCCUCCCUUCUAGGGGAUUUGUUUUUUCAGUAAGUCAGUCUUGCUCUGUUAGGCACAGAACCAGACUUUGUGCCUGCCUUACAGUGAGUGGUGGGCUGGGUGGUGUCUCCAUCUGCAGUACCUGGUGGGGAUCGUGGUGGCACCAGAGCUGUCUUAAAGCUGGUGCCUGGGUGUCUUGCUACACAGCUGAGGUUUAGUUACUAAAGUUGGGGGCUUUCUGUUGUGUAUGUGUCUUGCUGAGUCUGCAGUUUAUUGGUGCAGGAUGUUUUCUGUUCUUAACAUGGGAGACACUGAUUAAAAAACAGCAUCUUAUAAACCAGAGGUCUGCCUUCUUUUACAACACAGCGCAUUCAUUUUUUUAA